AUGGAUGCGGGUGCCAGCAUUGAUGCGUUGGAUCCACAGGGAGCGCAUGUCUCGCUUCUUGGUGCGGCGAUCCCGGUAGGAAUACUGCAAGGCCUUCUCCACCCUCUCUCUGGCAAUCCUUAUGCAAUUCUUGGCCCUUCCCCUGAAGCCCUUGGCUAA